UCAUUUUAAUUUUCAAACUUUUUCAUAUUUUUUCAUCCAAAAGCGAAGAUUUUCGUCAUUUUAUUUCAAUUUCAACGCUCUAAAUUCUAUUUUUACGCUGAGAAAAUAUGAAAUAAUAAAUUACUCGUCGCAGUGUAUCGUUUCGAGAAACAUGUGCGAAUCAGUUUCACGUAAUAAUGAGCAGAAAAAGGCACGAUCAUCACAUCGAAUUUUAUUCGUAUAGAAGUGAUUUAAGUCGACUCGUAGAAAAAUUCCAACAUGUAAUUGAGAACGUCUCUGAUUUCUGGGCAUUUGUCCAAAAAUACGAAGAAGUCGAGAGGAAAAAAGCCAGUAAAAAUACACAACACGAACCUACAGCCUCUCAUUCAGGAAGCAAAUUAAUUCUGCCAAAAACGUACGAUGUUCAGCAUACAGUCAAUGUGGAUUUCACCAUUUCUGAUGAUGAUAUGCAAUCCUGUCUCAGUAUCGAUAAAAGACAUAGGUUGAGAAAAAAUCUAUCAAAAUUUACUCUUUUAAUAGGCGUUUAUAUUAAUUUCAAGCAGAAGGAAAAACUAAGCAAGCUGAAAAAAAUCAGAAAUGGUCAGCAAAACUUACCAGUCUUUCAAUUCAAGGAUCAAAUUAUUGAAACUGUUCAAAAUGAAAAAGUAGUUAUCAUAGCUGGAGAUACUGGGUGUGGAAAAUCUACUCAAAUCCCUCAGUUUUUAUGGCAAGCUGGAUAUAAUAGAAUUGCUUGUACGCAGCCUCGAAGAAUAGCUUGUAUUUCUCUAUCGAAACGAGUAGCUAAAGAAUCUCUUUCAGAAUUUACCUCUGGUGUAGGAUAUCAAAUACGGUUCGAGAGACAUCGCAAUCGAGAAACUAAGAUCCUUUUUAUUACAGAAGGUCUUCUCUUGAGACAAACGAGCAAUGAGGAGACUCUAGAUUAUGAUGUAAUUGUUCUGGAUGAAGUACACGAACGUCAUUUACACGGUGAUUUCUUACUUGGAAUCAUGAAAUGUUUAUUAUAUCAAAGACCCGAUUUGAAAUUAGUCCUGAUGUCAGCCACAAUCAACAUAGAAUUAUUUUCUAGUUAUUUUGGUGAAUCUGCUAAAGUAAUUCAAGUUCCAGGUCGAUUGUAUCCGAUUACUUUACAGUAUUAUCCGAUUAUCGAUGUCGAUGCCAAUAGUGAUAAGUUUGAUCCAGGUCCAUAUAUCCGAAUUUUACAACUAAUCGAUCAAAAAUACCCAAAAAAAGAACGAGGCGAUGUAUUAAUGUUUUUAAGUGGUACCAAAGAAAUAACAGCAGUUGUAGAGGCAGCUCAGCAAUACAACGAGAAAGUUAACAGUUGGUGUAUUUUACCUCUACACAGUUCUCUUUCAUUAGCAGAACAAGAUAAAGUUUUUGAUUAUCCUCCCGAAGGAUUCCGUAAAUGUGUCGUAUCAACGAAUAUCGCAGAAACAUCGGUAACUAUUGACGGUAUUCGUUUCGUCGUCGAUUCAGGAAAAGUAAAAGAGAUGAGUUACGACCCAACUUGUAAACUGCAAAGAUUAAAGGAGUUUUGGGUCAGCAAAGCGAGUGCUGAACAAAGAAAAGGAAGAGCUGGUCGAACUGGUCCUGGUGUAUGUUACCGAUUAUAUUCCGAAGACGAUUACUCUGCUAUGAAUCAAUACACGACUCCAGAAAUUCAAAGAGUAUCGUUAGAUUCCGUUUUACUUCAAAUGAUCUCUAUGGGAUUACCAGAUGUGAGGAAGUUUCCAUUUAUCGAGCCUCCUGAUCCUUCUUCAAUCGAUAAUGCUAUUUUAGAUCUGAGACAACAUGGUGCGAUUGACAGCGAAGAAAAAUUAACGGUGAUUGGAAAAACACUGGCUAAGCUUCCUGUCGAUAUUCAGCUCGGUAAAAUGUUAAUUAUGGGUUCGUUGUUUUACCAAGUUGAGCCAAUUUUGUCUCUGGCUGCUGCUUUAUCCGUUCAAUCACCGUUUACGAAUAGAGCUUUCAGAGAUAUCGAAAUGCAGGAUUUACGAAAAGACUUGGAAUCAGAUCAUGGUGAUCCGAUCACACUGUUGAAUAUAUUUCGCGAAUGGCUUCAAAUGAAACAAGAAUCGACUCAAGGAAGAGGAUCGAGCUCUUAUCAAACCAAGAAGUGGUGUAAGAAACGAGGCCUCGAAGAGCAACGGUUCUACGAAAUGAUUAAAUUAAGGAAUCAAUUCAAAGAUUUAUUAUUUGACUGUAAUUUGAUUAACGAAGACUGCACCCCGAUUAAAUCCAAAGAAGAACUGACCAGUGCCGAGCGUGCCAUAAGACACGGUGAGCUGAAACAAUUGCGUAAACUGAAACGUGAAUAUGAAAAUGAAACUUCGAAUAAACCAAAGAUAUUGAAAAUUGAUAAAUCUAUGGAAGUCGAAAGACCAGAUUACGAAGAAGAAGAUACUUCUACGGAUAUUCGAGAUAUUGAAUUUAGGAUGAGGAAUAAUCCAUCUCAAGUUCAGAAUUUGCUCGAUGGUUCCACAGCCACUUCGUACAAAGAUUUAAUGAUGCUGAAAGUGAUCUUUUCCAGCGCCAUAUAUCCUCAAAUAGCCAUAGCCGAUGAAUUCAAUUCUUCGAAAACAGUGAAAGAUCAAUUAUUCCAUACAGCUGAAAAACCAUUCGUAUCGCUUCAUCCGAAUUGUUUUUUCGCUUUCCAUCCUCAUGUUGUGCAACUUGAGCAGUCAGAUAUUGAGCAUCCGCCUGGAUUCCGGUCUAAAUUUCAAUUCAGUUCCAGACAUCAAGUUUUAUUUUACAUGUCUUUAUUGGAAACUACCAAAGUUUACUUGUGUAACGCUUUGAGAAUGCCAGCAGCUCAAUCCGUCUUGUUAUUUUCACAAGAGAUCCACUGUAAUAAAAAUUUCACCAAAAUCAUUUGCGAUAACUGGAUAGAAAUACAAUUCGCUACUCCACUUUCCGGUGAGAAAUUUCUCCUGAAAGUAUGCAACAUUAGACAGAUCUGGGAAAAACUACUCGAUAAACGAUUACAAGGCGAAAACACCGGCAGGAACGACGAAGACUUGAUGGAUCUUAUUUUAGGUCUACUUCGAGCUGAUAUCUGUUACUCGAUCAGACGUCUACUUCCGGCAGAUCUCAAAGUCGCAUUUAAAGGUCGCCAAUUCGACAGCUACGACGUAUUACCCACUGACAAUCCUUUCAACGAAGACUUUACCAUCGAAAAAAAUGAACAUCACGGUGGAAUCAAAGUUACACCUUAUUUAACUUACGAUAGUGUGAUCAUUGACGAUGAAAAUGUCGAUGUGUUGGAAAAAUGGAAAUGCGACAGAUGCCAAGUGGAAAUCAUUCUGCCUCCUUUAGAAAGAUUAAUACAUAUCAAGAAUCACGAAAAAGAGAAUAAUAAAGGCAACGAUGUUCUAGAAAGUUUGCCAUCGGGAAGUAAGAAACCGAAUUCUAAAUUAUACAAAUGUGAUAUCUGUCAAAAACAAAUGUACCUUACACCGACUGAAAUCCUAAGGCAUGUGAAAGACCAUAAAACUUCAAAUACUUGAACCUAUUUACUCGUAUUAAUUAUUUAUUUUUCUUCCAUUUACUUCGUAAUACAUAUUCGCUGUUUCGAA